AUGUCGGAUUCCGUCGAGAAAUCGGGCGCCCGGACUAAUUCUGGUUGUCGACAUUCGCAGAAGGAGAUGUCGAAGGGAUCAUGGAUCGUCCAGUUGGGGACGGGCCGGAUGUUCAAGCCGAACGCGAAAAAUGGUCUUUCCCGUACCGAAGCGAAACGGCGAUACAUCACGACCUUGAUCGAUACGAUGCAUCGAUAUGCGUCGCAGACUGCUGAGGCUCGCGAGCUUGUAUCCGAGCUUGAGUUUGUCUGGGAUCAAGUCAAGUCAAAUACUUCGACAUCCUCCUCCUCCAGUCCGAUGCAGCCUGUGAGUAUGCCGAUAGCGUCCGGGCUACAACCGCAACCGCACUACGGAAGUAUCGAUAGUCGCAUGAGUCGACGGAACCCAAACGACGAUGGUGAUGAAGAUCUGGCGGUUUAUGCCAGAAGAGACUCGAGACUGCGGGUCCUCAGUCCUGUGAGUCAGCCGGAAGAGGAGGAAAUGCAGGAUUCAGAGGAUGAGGAUGAAGAAGAGAACUAUGAAGAGGCUAGGGACGUUCCCUACGAUGAAGACGAGGAAGACGAUGACAAUAUGCCACACGGCCGAAGAACGGGGAGGACGGGGCGCGGGCCGCAGAGAGAUAUAUCCAGUCGUAAAUGGAGGCGGCGAGUCGAGCAGGCCUUGACGAAGAUGACCGCCGAGAUAGCCGCAUUACGGGAGCAGAUGGAAUCGCGCGCAGUCUCCAGCCGCCGUCGGUCGAGUUUGUGGGCGUGGCUGAAGUGGCUUUUCUGGGUCGCCAUGAGGCAGAUCCUCUGGGACAUGACGCUCUUGGUCAUUGUGUUGAUAUGGCUGAGAAUGAAAGGCGAUCGCCGACUCGAGCAGAAAGUGAAGGCGGGCCUUGUGGAGCUGAAAACUCGAUUAACACGGCUGAGGCUACCGAAACGGCUCCCUCGACUGCCAUCACUGCCGUGA